GAAGAGCCAAGCAAGGAAAGCCGAGAACUGGUAUUCAGUAGUGGUGCAGGCUUUGCGCUGAACACGCAUCUGUUGUUCGGUUUCUUCGUGCGUGUUCCUCUCUUGUCGCAAGACAUUAAAUUCUAUCCGCUACAGCAUGUGACACGCGUACGCGACACAUAUUCUCGCAUACAAACUGCACAGAAGCACAGAAAGUGCUGGGCCGAUGCAAGUCUUAUUCUGGUGCUCGACGCCGUCAAGGAGGAGAGGCAAAAGGGUCUCCGUAUCAGAAUCAGAAAGCCACGUUUAGAUGGGACCAACGUCGAAGAAGAUUCUGUGAUACCUAUCGAGAUUAAUCCUUUAUCUGUGCCGUGGUGUAAAUUUUCAAGUGAUAGGGCAAUUAACGCGCUAAUAUAAGAAUAGUUUACGUUUCUUAAUUUUCUCGCGAGUGCACGUGAUUUCCGAGGACGAUCGAUUAAACGGUUUUCUGAUUCUGUGAUCAAAAGUGUCGUACCGAUCUUGUAAUCGCUCAAAGGCGAGUUAAUGCAGCGCACCGUGGAAAAUGGAAUCGAGCAACGUCAAGUCAAACUCUAACCCCCGAGAAAAGGCCAACUUUGUGUCGGUCUUGUUGUGGUGGUGGACUAUAGGCUUGUUCAAGACAGGCUACAAAAAAGUUUUGCAAACGGACGAUUUAUACGAUCCCUUGAAGACCGACCGAUCGAACGUUCUUGGGGAUAGGCUAGAAAAACAAUGGAACGUCGAAGUAGACAAGUCGAAGAAGGGCAAAUAUCGGCCCAGUCUAUUGAAGGCCAUUUUUCGCACCUUCCUAUGGGAAUACUUCUUACUUGGUCUCAUGCAAAUACUGAACGAAUUUAUAUUACGAUUAGGCGCACCGAUACUAUUGGGUGGACUUUUGCGAUACUUCCAGAGGAACGCCACCGAAUCGUACGAGACUGCACUCUUGUACGCGGGUGGGAUCUGUUUAGCAACGGCUAUAAACGUUAUUACGUUUAACCAAGCGAUCUUCGGUGCGUUUCAUGUUGGCGCAAGAAUCAGAGUCGCCGCUUGUUCUGUUGUUUAUCGAAAGGCGCUGCGACUUAGUAAAACGGCGUUAGGCGAGACGGCGCCGGGAAAAGUGGUAAAUUUAGUGGCUAAUGAUGUUAACAGGUUCGAUCUUGUUUCCAUCUUUAUUCACUACAUGUGGUCCGCUCCGCUCUCUGGGUUGAUCAUAGCCUACAUUCUUUACACCGAGGCUGGAUACGCUGGCCUAAUCGGCAUUGCAGCUGUGUUUAUUGUCGUGCCUAUUCAAUCCUACACCGGAAAGCUAUCUUCCAAGUUCAGGCUGCAGACAGCCAUUAAAACCGAUGAAAGGGUACGCCUGAUGGACGAGAUCAUAUCUGGCGUUCAGGUAAUUAAAAUGUACGCGUGGGAGAAGCCGUUCUGUGCUCUGAUUGAGAUGGCCCGGAAAUUGGAGUUGAAAGUGGUCACCAAGAGUUCGUACAUCAGAGGCAUUUACAUGACGUUUAACCUGUUCACUACGAGAAUGGCGCUUUUCUGUACCCUGAUCAGCAUGCUAUUGUUUGGAAACGAGUUGUCGGCUGAUACAGUUUUCGUUUUCUCCUCCUACUUUAACAUAUUGGCGCAGACUAUGUCGGGAAUGUUCGUACGUGGUUUCGCGGAGAUAGCCGAAUGCAUGGUGGCUGUUCGAAGGUUGCAACACUUUUUGAUGUACGAGGAGUUCCAGGAGAAAGGUUUCACGUUGGAUAAGUUGACCGCCAGCCUUAACGGCAGCAUCAACAGCGACAGUAAACAAACAGCCAACAAAUCGUCGCGACAGGAUUUACCCUACAUCGACGACGAGAUAGAUUCCUAUGAGAAUCUCGACGACUCGGCGGAGAAAAGGAGGCACAACGGUCUAGUCGUCGUCGCCAGUGAUUUGCUAAAGAAUACGGCUAAUCUUAUGGAGGAAAGGAAGCGUUCCUCAAUGGUGAACGAAGAGACGUAUGCAGUUAAGAUGAGGAACGUAUCGGCAAAGUGGGAACCAGGUCAAUCGGAGAACACUCUCGAGAACGUAAAUUUGCAGCUCGAAAAAGGGAAAAUGUACGCGGUGAUUGGAAUGGUGGGAGCUGGAAAGAGUUCCUUCUUGUCCGCGAUUCUUGGUGAAAUAGACGUGCCAGAAGGUCAGGUUAAGGUGAACGGGAGUCUAAGCUACGCCGGGCAAGAAGCAUGGGUCUUUGGAUCCACCGUUAGACAGAAUAUACUUUUUGGUCAACCUUACGAACGUCAGCGAUAUCAGAGGGUUAUCAAAGCGUGUUCCCUGGUUCGAGACUUUAAGCAGUUUCCUCGGGGUGAUCAGACAAUCGUCGGAGAAAGGGGUAGUUCCCUGUCGGGUGGACAAAAAGCUAGGAUCAAUUUGGCCAGGUCCCUUUAUAGGCAGGCAGACAUUUAUCUUUUGGACGAUCCUCUGAGUGCUGUGGACACUCACGUCAGCAAGCACCUGUUUGAAGAAUGUAUGCAACGGUACUUGGCUGGCAAGACCAGAAUCUUGGCUACUCAUCAACUGCAAUACGUGAAAAGCGUCGAUUCCAUUUUACUCAUCGAACAAGGAAAAGUAACAGUGCUUGCUAAUUAUCCAGAGUUGUUGAACCAACGGCCAGAGUAUUAUCGUCUUCUGGCUGCGGAGACCGAAACAAACGACGAUUCUUCUUUGGAAAAAAGCGUCAUGAGGAGACAAUUCUCGUCGUCGAGUACCAGAAGUCGAACACCGGAAGCCAGUAGCGGGGGAACAGAUGACGAAGAGGAAGACGAAGAUCCCGAGGUAGUAAAAGAUGGCCUAGAAGGAACAUCCCGUGGAAAGGUGAAGGGAUCGAUCUUCAUAAAAUACUUUCGAACUGGUGCCAAUCUAUGUCUUACCAUUACGGUCUUUUUGCUGUAUCUAGCUACGCAAUGCACUGUCAGUCUCAAUGACUACUUUGUACCUGUCUUGGUGAACGCAGAAGAAGCACGUCAUUAUUCCCUUAUGGAAAAUGCUCUGAAUGCCACCAACGAUUCAAUGAUAGAUACUACUUCAGACGUGUCGUCGAUAUACGGUUACUUGUACAUUUACACGGCCAUAGUACUUGGGAUAUUCUUUAUUGGCAUUAUCAGGUCUUUCUUAUUUUACAAAGUAUGCAUAUUAUGCAGUCAAAAGUUGCACGACAUGGCGUUCAGUGCUCUCAUCAGAACGGGCAUGAGGUUCUUUGAUACAAAUCCCAGCGGACGAAUCCUUAAUCGAUUUUCCAAAGAUAUGGGAGCGAUAGAUGAAUUGUUACCAAAAGCCAUAUUGGACGCUAGCCAAAUAUGCUUGAUGAUGUUCGGAUCCUUGGCAGUAUCUUGCAUGGUCAAUCCCCUUUUCCUAAUUCCCAUAGCGUUCUUGGGUGCUGUUUUCUACUGGAUACGUAAAGUCUUCCUUAAAACCAGCAAGAACAUCAAACGGAUGGAUGGAAUCACUCGUUCCCCUGUGUUUACUCAUUUGAAUGCCACACUGAAUGGACUGACUACCAUCAGAGCGUACUGUGCACAGGACAUACUGAAGCAAGAAUUUGACAAACUGCAAGACGUCCACACCUCCACCAUUUAUAUGUACGUGGUAGCAAGUACUGCGUUUGGAUUUUGCUUGGACAUCUUUUGCUUCCUGUUCACUUCGUUGGUCACUUUCAGUUUCCUUGUACUGGAGCAAGCAUUCUCUGGAGGCGAGGUGGGUUUGGCUAUCACUCAGGUGAUGGCCAUGACCGGUAUGAUUCAAUGGGGAAUGCGACAGAAUGCCGAAGUGGCGAAUCAAAUGAUGUCUGUGGAACGUGUGUUGGAAUACACGCAAAUAGCGCCGGAACCGAAUCUACGCGACAAAGGGAAGUUUGCGAAGAAAACUGAGAAACAAGCGGUCGCACUUCCCGUUAACGCGCCAAAGAACUGGCCUACAGACGGACUACUCAAAUUCAAGAACGUUUACAUGCGAUAUGUUGACGACGAGCCUCCAGUAUUGAAGAAUCUGAAUCUCGUUAUUCGUUCGGGUGAAAAAGUUGGUAUCGUAGGUAGAACAGGCGCUGGGAAAUCGUCCUUAAUAUCUGCCUUAUUCAGAUUAGCCAAGGUCGAGGGAUCGAUCGAGAUCGACGGCAUAGAUACAGGAACUAUUUGCCUGGAAGAUCUGCGACGCAGUAUAUCAAUCAUUCCACAGGAUCCAGUUUUAUUCUCUGGUACAUUGAGACGUAAUUUGGAUCCCUUCAAUGAAUUCUCUGAUAAAGCUUUGUGGGAAGCGCUCGAAGAGGUUGAGUUGAAGGAUGCCGUCAGCACUGCCGGUACAGGACUGGAAAGUCGAGUGUUGGAUAGAGGCAGUAAUUACAGCGUUGGCCAAAGGCAAUUGGUCUGCUUGGCAAGAGCCAUCUUACGAAACAAUCGAAUACUCAUGCUCGACGAGGCAACCGCGAACGUUGAUCCACAAACGGAUGCUUUGAUUCAACACACGAUAAGGAAAAAGUUCGACAAAUGCACUGUACUUACCGUUGCUCAUCGGCUGAACACCAUCAUGGACAGCGAUAAAGUUUUAGUUAUGGAUAAAGGUCGCAUGGCGGAGUACGAUCAUCCACAUAUAUUGCUCCAAAACUCUCAUAGUCAAUUCACUUUGUUAGUAAAGGAAACCGAUCGUUCUAUGUACGACCAAUUAGUUAAAGUAGCAAAACAAUCUUACACUGCCAAACACGGCGAACGAAACGAGAACCUUUUAAGGUGGCGCAUCAACGAAAUAUUUCUCAUUUUCGAUGCAACCGAUCGUAGUUUUCUGAUCACGAGAAUGGAAUCGAAAAACGUGUAUAUGAAAAGGAAUCCUCGUGAAACCGCGAAUCCAAUAAAUCGUUUAUUUUUCGGAUGGACGAAAGAACUAUUUCGAAAAGGUGCUCGUAAAAAUUUGGUACUAACCGAUCUCUACCAUCCACUGACGACGGAUGAAUCUGGCAAACUCGGUGAACGACUAACACGAUCGUGGCUACUCGAGUUGCGGAAAUUAGAUCGAGCGAAAGACGUCGAUAAGAAAUCGACGAGCAAAAAUACUCCCCGAUUGGAGCUAGCUAUGCUGCGCACUUUUUGGGCAGAAUAUUUUCGCGUUGGUUUGUUGACGUUUUUACAAUACGCGGUAUUAGCCGUUCUGCAACCGAUUCUUCAGUCAUGGAUCAUCGGUUACUUCAAAAUCGACGAGGGUACGAACACGACUACCAAAACGGAGGCUCUAAUUUAUGCUGGUUGCCUAGUGAUCUGCAUAAUGGUGAUCGUGUUUAUAAUGCAUCACGCUGACCUAAUGUCACAGCAAGUAGGCAUGAGGCUACGAAUCGCUUGUUCCUCCCUCAUAUACAGUAAAAUACUACGACUCAGCAGAGGAUCCUUAACUCAAACUACAUCCGGUCAGGUCGUGAAUUUCCUCAGCAACGACAUGAGCAGAUUUGAAGAGCUAUGCUACUAUCUGAAUUUCGUUUGGAUCGCACCCUUCCAAAUUAUCAUCAUUGCCGUAAUAAUGUGGCAAAGGAUCGGAAUUUCAACCAUCGUUGGUAUCGGAGCCCUCCUCGUAAUGACAAUUCCGGUCAAUACAGUCUCUGUUCGGGUUAGCCGUAAGCUGCGGGGGAUGAUCGCUAGACUGACAGACAGGAGGGUGCAGUUAAUGAACGAGCUUGUAGCCGGUAUACAGGUGAUCAAAAUGUACGUCUGGGAGAAACCAUUCGCGACGAUCCUGGCCAACAUACGAGCUUCCGAGAUUGCGAAAAUACGUAUAUGGUCGUACGUUCGAGCCACCUACUUGUCCUUCGUGGUGUUCGCUAAUCGUGCUGUCCUCUUCUUCACCCUUCUGUCGUACGUGUCGAUGGGGAACAAGCUGAAACCAGAUACGACGUUCAUGUUAGCAACGUACUAUGAGAUGCUUCAACUAGUGAUAGCAUAUUUCUGCCCACAGGCCUUUAUAGUUUCCGCAGAAGUCAUGGUGUCUCUCAGAAGAAUACAGCAAUUUUUAUUGCUGGAGGAGCAGUCGGAGAAGGAAUGGCCGCCGGUCCCAGCUCACGCGAACGGCUCCCUGAUAUUCAAGAAACGAAAGAAAGAGAAAGAAAUGGAAAAGGUGGAGGCCAUCAAGAUGACGAACGGUUGGUCGAAUACGGCUCCCAAGGAGAACGAACAAAGCGCACCAGUUUCCGUGGAACUGGAACGCGUGUCCGCGAAUUGGAUCCCCAAACAAUUGCCACCAACUUUGUGCCACGUGUCGAUGCACAUUCGUAGCGGGGAAUUGUGCACGCUCGUGGGUACAGUGGGUUCGGGCAAGUCGUCCAUUCUUUAUCUUCUUUUAAAAGAACUUACGGUAGGGGCUGGACGAUUGACCCUGCGAUCUAAUAUAUCCGAGAACGUUCGGUCGAAUAAUCAAGGGUACGUCGCAGACAAUCCAAAUUUGAAGAUUUCUUACGCUAGCCAGGAACCGUGGCUGUUCUCUGGGACCGUCAGAGAGAACAUCCUCUUCGGUCAACCGUUUAACAGAGACAGAUACGUCGCUGUGACGAAAGCAUGUGCCUUGACGAAGGAUUUCCAACAACUGCCUUACGGCGACAUGAGCAACGUGGGCGAAAGUGGAUCGUCUUUGUCUGGGGGACAAAAAGCUCGAGUGAAUCUGGCGAGGGCUGUGUACAAGCAGGCCGAUAUUUAUUUGUUGGACGACCCUCUGAGCGCCGUGGACGCGCGCGUGGCUAAACACCUUUUCGACAAGUGCAUUCAGGAGUUUCUUCAAGGAAAGACGAGAAUCUUGGUCACCCACCAGUUACAGUUCGUCAAACAGGCUGAUAUGAUCGUGGUGUUGGAUCGAGGCUACGUGAAAAUGCAAGGAUCCUACGACGAACUAUCCAACUCAAACAGUGAUUUCGCAGACUUGAUCGACCUUAUUAAAAUGACAACGGAAGCUAGAAAACAAAGCGAGAUCAUAGAUUCGUCGAAUGACCAGCUCUUCGCGGAUAGGAGACUCAGCAGAAAAAGCUGUCGCGGCAGACUUUCGAUAAGGUCUAAUGCCAGUAGUAUGGCAUCCUACAAUUACGAAGACAGCACAUCCUUGCGGGACGGAGAGGAAGAGACGAUAGCAACCGGUAGCCUCUCCAAAUUGUACACAGAAUAUUUCCACCACGGCGGUUCUUAUUUCGCAUUGUUUGCGUUGGUACUCGUGUUCAUUGUGUCCCAAGCAGCCACCAGUGGCAAUGAUUACUGGGUCUCGUAUUGGACGAACCUAGAAGUCGUAAGGAGAUCCGUAACAAAUGGUUCGCAAACGCUGAUCUAUCAAAACAGUUACAUGUUCAACAACACGUUCUUAUCGAGCAUCGUUUCAUUUGACAAAUAUGGCCUCUUAACCACUUCCAACGCCAUAUACAUUUACGCAUUUUGUAUGCUUUCCUGUAUCAUGACCGUAUUCGCAAGGAACAUCUUCUUUAUGAAGGUCUGCACGAUCGCCAACCAAAAUCUUCACAACAAGAUGUUUUCAAAUGUGUUGCAGACGACGUUGUCCUUCUUCCAUAGCAACCCUUCCGGUAGGAUUUUGAACAGAUUCUCAAAGGACGUGGGAGCUAUGGAUGAACAACUGCCAAGAGCAAUAUUGGAAGCGGUUCAAAUAUUCCUCGUAAUCAUAGGUGUCCUUAUUAUGGUGAUGAUCAUGAAUCAUUGGAUGAUCAUUCCACUAGCAAUCCUGGGUAUCCUGUUCUACUUCAUGGGAUUAUUGUAUCUGAGAACAGCGCAGAGUAUCAAGCGUCUCGAGGGCGUAGCAAAGAGUCCUGUAUUCUCGCAUAUAAACGCUACGCUGAGUGGCUUGACGACCAUCAGAACAAGCGGACCCGAAAUUGCGAAGCUAUUGCAGAAGCAAUUCGACGUUCUGCAAAAUGUGCACACCGGUGCAUGGUACAUGACGAUAGUCACACACGUUACGUUUGGUUUGUACUUGGACAUAAUUGCCUGCUUCUUCGUCGCGUGCAUCUGUUUCUCUUUUAUCCUACUGGAUACAGGUGACACGCUUGGAGGGUACGUUGGACUUGCUAUAUCGCAGUCGUUAAUCAUAAUUGGUACUCUGCAAUACGGAGUGAGGCAAAGCGGCGAGAUGGUGUCGCAGAUAACGUCAGUGGAGAGAAUCAUGCAGUACACCCGGCUGCCCAGCGAAGGAUCGUGGGAGAGCGAUAAUCCUCCGCCAUCCGAUUGGCCGGAACACGGUCGCGUGAGCCUGAAAAACGUCAGCAUGAAGUACGAGACAGACGAGCCUCCUGUUUUGAAGAAUCUGAACGUCACGAUAGAGGCAGGAUGGAAGGUCGGCGUAGUAGGCAGAACUGGGGCUGGCAAAUCGUCUCUGAUAUCGGCAUUCUUUCGUUUGUUCAACGAGGGAUUGGAGGGCGAGAUCUCGAUCGAUGGAACGAACACCAGCACGCUGGGUCUGCACGAACUACGCUCGCGGAUAUCGAUUAUCCCUCAGCAACCGUUUCUCUUCUCCGAGUCUCUGCGUUACAAUUUGGACCCGUUGAACAGCUACAAUGACAUGCUGCUGUGGGACAGUCUUCACCAGGUAGAGCUGAACGAUCUCGUUCUGGAUCAGAAGGUGAUGUACAGCGGUAGCAACCUGAGCAUCGGUCAGAGACAAUUGAUAUGCUUGGCCAGGGCGAUCCUGAGAAACAACCGGAUCCUCGUUCUGGACGAAGCCACAGCAAAUAUCGACUCCCAUACGGACGCCUUGAUUCAGAGAACGAUACGUACGAGAUUCGCAAACUGCACUGUCAUAACUAUUGCUCAUCGUUUAAACACUAUCAUCGACAGCGACAGGAUCAUAGUAAUGGAUGCUGGACGCGUCAUGGAGUUCGGUUGUCCUUACACAUUGCUGCGCGACAGACCCAAGGGGAUUUUCUCGCAGAUGGUGGAAAAUACGGGAGUGACAAUGGCACAGACUCUUUACGAGCAGGCAGAAAAGGCUUUUUCAGCAAAGAAUACAGAACAACGAAGCCUCGACUUGACCAGACAGUGCUCCAUCGAAACGGACACGACGGAUAUUAUCGUACAGAGUUCUCUUUGACACGUUGACUGCUAGAUCAAACCUGUAAAAUUUUCUACGAAUUCAAAAUUUUGUUUUUAGACACGCGAAAAAUGUAUUUAAAAAAGAUAAUAAUCAUGUUUGGGAAUAAAAGUGCUAGACUAAGGAAGAAAACAACUAAUCGUAAUAAUACAUGAUCGGUUCUUCGACUAACAAUAAAAGAACUUCAGAUUCGUUAUAUUUAUUUUAAAUUGAAAGUAUCAAUACAAAUGUAUGUUCGACGAAAAUGAAAAAUUAUUCACUCUCUGACCCUAGAUUCCUCGCUUCUGUGAUCGAAAAUAACAGUACUAACAUCAAUUGCGAAUCACUCUGCGAGACUGUUCAAGUAAAUAUAACAAAUGCCGAAGCAUGUAUGCAAAUAAAUCAAUAAAGCGGUGUACUCCGAACAUCUUCGAAUUCCUAUUAAUUUUAUAUUUAUUCGGAUAAAAAGAAAAUUUCGCGACGAAAUAAACUAUUGUGCACAUAGUUUAUCAAUAGUCACGCAGAAUCUAAAAAGAAAAGUAGACGUUUCAGAAAUAUGUACGAUGAAAAUUAUAAUUUUCUCUACAUUGUUUGGGCAACUAUUUCUAUGAUCAAGUAAUCGAUAAUAUUCCUCUUUACUUCUAAAUGAGAUUAUAUGCGAUCUUAUAUCGCACUUAUGUCGUAAAAGGCAAUAAGUUUCUGUACUCCGUUUCGAGAGCGAACUCCUUGAUACAGAUAAAUCGUGUCUGUACUCUACAAACUUUAAACGAAUACGUACACAUUCUGAGUACAAGUCUUUGAAUAUGUAUAUAUCCUAUGUACGUGUAUAAUAUUUAGAUCGUUCGUCUGCUCCUUUUUCUUUCCUUUUUUUUUCAUUUUCUUUUUCAGUAAAUUCGUUACUAAAGUAGAUUCUAAUAAGUAUACUUUUGCUCUCCGUAAAAUGUACUUUUUCUCAAAACUUUAAAUCAAUACGUCUUGGAUUAGAAUAGUUUAGAGGAACGGACGCGCUAUCUGUCGAAUCCUCUACAAAGAUUUCUCUAAUACUUACUACAUAUUGAGCUAUACGGCCUGCAACGAUCCGAGAGCACUCGGAUAUCCGAAUAUUCCGAGCACAACGAUAAAAAUAACACAGCCUAUAUUAAACGAGAACAUGUCACCUUAUUUCCAUACGACGAAAUGAAAAUCACAGAUCGAUUAACAAAAAUAUCGAAUAUAAUGAUUUAUGUAUCUAUA